AUGGGGUCAGGAACCCUGCCGGCAGUAUCUGCGGGCGAUGGCCACACAUGCAUACUUCAAGCGGAUGGUCGGAUGACUUGCGUGGGGCGCCAAGCUCAGUGCAAUGUGCCAUCGAACCUGGGUAAAGUCGCGGACGUUUCCGCCGCCAGCUCCCACACAUGCGUGGUGUUAGAAGGCGGCCGCCUGAUAUGCUUCGGGCAAAAUCGACAGGGCCAGUGCGAUGUGCCUGACGAUUUAGGACCAGUGGUGAGUGUGUCCGCCGGUCGUGACUUUACGUGUGCAGUGCGAGCAGAUCUUCAGUUAGUUUGCUUUGGGACUGGCGCCCCUGUGACUGCGGUGCCUGAGGAUCUGGGACCUAUUCAAGCAGUCUCUGCUGGGAGCGGCCAUGCCUGCGUGGUGAAAGCAGAUGGUCGGUUGGUCUGUUUUGGCCAGUGCGCUGAAGGCCAAUGUUAUGUCCCGACAGAUGUAGGGCCAGUCUUGGCCGUCUCCUCUGGUGGUUUUCACACAUCUGCCAUCAAGGCCGAUGGUCGGCUGGUGUGUUUCGGAGGUGAUGAUGAGGGGCAAUGCCGUGUACCGACUGACCUGGGAGCAGUUGUAGCAGUCUCGGCCGGGACUUUUCAUACGUGCGCGAUCAAGACAACUGGCCAACUGGUCUGUUUCGGGCGGAACAGAGAAGGACAGUGCGACGUACCAUCCGACCUUGGCCCCGUUCUCUCCGUGUCUCCGGCGCUGGCGCGCCGCCAGCGCGAGCGUGGCCUCAAAGUAGUCCCUGGGGAUGCCCAGCGACAGGACAGCUGCGCGCCGGUGCUCAAGGCUUUGGCCACCUCCGAGGCCUGCGGCUUGGGUCACCAAGCCGCGAAGAGUGCCGAGUGCCAGGCCGGCAUUCGUGGCACGGAGGAAUCUGGUGCCUCCCUGGUGCUGAGCAACGAGCUGCUAGAUGCCUUCGCUCCGGUAAAGUUGCAGCUGAACCUUUACGGACGGCCUGAGAUUACGCAGUGCAGGGCCUGGCAAGAGCUACGACUCGUUCACAUCAUCUCGCUGGGCGCCCUGCGAGAAAUCACGAAGGCUGGGUUAGGGUUGAGGGAGCGCAUCGAUGCCCUGACUCUGGACCUUGUGGGCUACACCCACGAGGCAGCGAGUGACACGCCUUUCUGCUACCAGGAGAUGCAGCGGCAGAGUAGGACAGAUCUCGUCCAGAGCGUCCGGCAGAACCUGCCAACCCACCUCGUGCACGAGGAAGAGGACGCGCCUCUACAGCAGAACCUCGUUCUCGCUCACGAGGACACGGAGGAGUUCUUUCUUUACCUGGUCUCCUGGUUGGUGCAUGGUAUGUCUUGCAGCAGCUUGGCAUUUCUCUUUCAGGCUAGUGUUGUUGCUGUUCCCACUUCUUUUGCAAAGCUCUUCCCGUGGUGGCUGCAAAUCAUGACGGCGGCUGACGAGCAAGAAGAACUCCACGAUCCGGUUCCCAUGGUCCUUGGCAGGACCUCGAAGGAGUGCGAAAGCGAAAGUGAAAACGAAGCAUGUGCCCGAUUCAUCGCACAAAUGGACCUCGCAGGCCCGGAGGUCCUGAGAGUGAUGCCGGCUGUUAAGGCCUUUCAGCACUGCUUUCUAGCUUUGCGCUGCGCAUAUGGUAUUGACCUCCUUGCAUUGAGUCACCAGAGCGAAACGAUAACAGACUUCUGGAGCCAUUCUUGGCACGGGGAGCUCUGGAAGAAAGUGUUGACACUCAUCACCAUUUACAAUGGUCGAGCAGCCAUCGGGUUAGGCAUGUUCGUUGCCGUUGUGAUGAUGGUGUUAUCCCUUGUUCUGGAUCUCCCUGGUUACGACCGGCACGACAUGCGCGAAACGGACUGGUCUGCGUGGUCCUCAUGGUCUGGAUUUCUGGUCACGGUGCUAGUGAUGAUCUUCUGGCGCUCUCAAACGCGUGUUUUCCUCGACCGUACCUGCAUCAGUCAAAGCGACGACGAAUUGAAGUCGAAUGGUAUCCUUAGUCUGGCUGGAAUGCUUCGACGGUCGGAUUCGAUGCUCAUUCUUUGGGAUCCAACGUGGACUGAAAGAUUGUGGUGCUUGUUCGAGCUUGCGGCAUUCUUGAAAAGCAGGGAGCAUGGGGCUAGUCAGCAAGACCUGACGAUCACGCCAACCCUUCUAGGUCCGAUCCGAAUCGGAACUUUCUUGACUGCCACCGCUGGUUCGCUUGCUUUCAGAAUGGCGCCUGCUGUGCGACCCUCCGUUUCCCGUCCACAGUACUAUUUCCUCAACACCACUUUUCUGACCUCGGUUGCUGUCUUUGUGUUGGGCUAUGUGCUUGCGGGCAUCUUGCGACGCUAUUUUCGAGACUUAGACACGAUGAGGCGGCAACUGAUGUCCAUGUCCUUCGACACCGCUCUUUGUGCCUGUUGUACCAGAGGACAUGACGACUCACCCGGCGACCCGUGUGAUCGGGAAAUAUUGAAGCAAUGUAUGUUGAUAUGGUUCGGUAGCUUGGAGUCGUUUGAUAGCACCGUGAGAUCGGAAGUGCUGGAGGUUUUGAUGCAGGACCUUGAAGAAGUUUUCAGCACAAGGUCCACGAUCGCAGCAUACACUCCAAUCAUGUGGGCUGUCAUGGACUAUGCCGUUACCUUUUCACGGGUUGAAGGACACUUCUGGUCCAAUCUCCUGGCUACACUCGCGGGUGGAUUGGUGCUCUGGCUUGUGGGUAUGCCAUCGUUGAAGAGUUGGCUCGUGCUCGUAUGCAAGCUCGCACGGGCGAGGCCAGGUAGUUGGUGUCGCGAGGUCAUGAAGAACUCACUGGUAGCGCUGAUCGUCCUCUCUCAUUUGGUCUCCCUCUGGUUAGUUUGGACGCUCGCAUAUGGUCUUCAGCUUUCUCGGGCUGGAGUUGCGGGAGUGUCCAUUGUCGGUACACUGCUCCAUGCCAUUCUCUUUCGGUGCCUUGGCCUCGUCCUCACAGCCAUCUGGCCCGAGGGUUCACACGGUUUAGGGCCUAGGGUCUAG